AAAGUGUAACUGCGUCAAACCCAAUUCCCCGCCCGGACCCCGCGGGCUCUGCUCUUUCCUGACGUGGCGAGCCGCUAAAGGUCCGCCGGUUAUCCGUGGGCUACGGCGAUUGGGCAGACUACAACUUUGGCAAUUUUGUCAAAAAUGUAAAUACACAGGUGGCAGCGGCAUGGGCGAGCGUUUGGUUUAUGUAAAUACAGCAGAAGUGAAACCGUGUCACUCUGUUCUGGUUUCCAGACGCAGACAGACUCGCUCAGGCGCAAUGCUUGGUAGAUAGUUGGAGAAAAGACUUUGGAUUUUAAUACGAGUUUCUGCAGCUGCAUAUGUCGUUUAUCGAGGUUUAACUUGAAGACGACGCGCAAGUGUCAGUUCACACUGGAAGGAGCUCUGCACCUAAACUAAAAGGCUCACUGGUGACAGCUGCGCAGUCAUGCCUCAGCUCACGGCCGCCGCGGUGCUGCAGCUCGUGCUGCUGCUCUCUGCUGUGCCCGCGCAGUACUUCAUCUCCCGGUGGAGCGGCUCCAGCGCGGUGCAGCGCUACCACGCAACUACACGGUUGCUUAGAAUUUGGAAAGAUUGGAGAGCAUCAUACCUCAAUGGCACUGCAUGGAUGGACUGGGCAAACCAGCAGAUGUCCCAUGUCAUGUCUCUGGUUGGCUUGGGACAAGGAGACCAAGUGGCACACACGUCACCUCCCGUAGAGAUCCUGCUUUAUGACAACGAGCAAGGCUUCUUUGGAGCAUCCAAAACAGUGCGCAGCCCUCGUCCUCCGUAUGUGUUUCUACGAGUUGGAGAGGUGGUGAUGGAGAGGAAGGACCAUAUGGUUGGGGUGGUGGUGAGUUGGGACUCUGAACUACGAGCUCCUCCAGAGUGGGUUGAAAGGAUGUCUACCAGCCCUGAGGGCAUCACAGCAGAGAAGACGCCUCACUACAAGGUACUGUUCAGCGGGCCUGGACCCUCCUCUCUGUUAGUUGCAUAUUUGCCUCAGACACAACUGGAGCGCAUCACUGGCAUAAGGGUAAAUACUGGAAAAUCACAGCACACACACGCAAUCCAACACACUCUGUAUGUUUUGGACUCACUGUUGGAUGUUUCUAGCCGGACAUUCCCACCUUGGAGAAUUACUUCACACAUUUUGACGGGCAGCGGUUUGUCAUGCAGCCCUGGCUCCGAGAGCUCUUCCCUGAAGAUGAGAUUGAGGACGCCUGAGUGCUCGGUAUGAAAGAUCCAUCCAAGUGACGAUUUCAUUUUCUUCCUUCUGUCAUUGAUUACCGGCCUGGUAGUCCUAAGCGCCAAGCUUUGUGCAGAUCAAGAAUAAUCACCAUUUCCC